UUGGAUCUACAAACUUCAAGUGCAGCAUACAGUAAAAUUUUACAAAAGAGAGACUUAGGGGCUUAUCCAUUUUCUUUAUCUUCUCUCUCUUCGUCCUUGAGUUGAAACCAUGGCUACCACCUCCCCAAACUUGCAUUCUCUCUCAUCUUCUUUCUCUCUCACAAACCAUUCCUCUAAUGUCUCUGCAACUUCUUUCACUUUCCAAAUUCCAAAGAAAACACCACAAAUUUCCUGUUUUUCCUCCAAAAAGACAGUUUUUGUACACCCAACUGAGCUUCAUGGCAUGAGCUAUGGUUUCUCAAAUGUGGGUACCAUUGCUUCUGCUCAUACCCAAAACAGUUUCAAUUUUCAUGAUGCAGUUUCUUCCAUGAAGAGGCCUGGCUUGGGUAGGGAUCUCAUGGUUGCUCAGGCUACUGAAGCAGUUGCAACAACCACAGAGGCGCCUGCUGCUUCUCAAUCCAAAUCCACUAAAAAGCGUGAAAAAAUCAAGUACCCUCGGAGAGUACUUGAUGUAUAUCAGAUCCUUCAGGUCCCCAUCAUAACUGAGGCUGCAAUUAAGAGUAUCGGUGAUGAGAACACCCUCCUCUUCACUGUUGAUGUUCGUGCUGAUAAAAAGAUGAUUAGGGAUGCCAUCAGUAACUUUUUUGGUGUUAAAGUUCGAAAAGUAAAUACUUUGAUCAGGCCUGAUGGAACAAAGAAAGCAUAUAUUAUGUUGAGCAAAGAGUACAAUGCUUCAGAUCUUGCGAAGAAGAUAGGAAUUUUUCCUAACAGUAACUGAGUUGAAUGAUUUUAGAUGUAUAGCUGUGGCCUUCUUUCUCCUUUCUUGACGAAUACAGCUAUUUUUGAAGCCUCAUUUCGAGGUAGGAGUUAGCUGCUGUAAGAUGAAUGUUUGUUUCUAUAGUGCAUCUCUCAAGUGCGUAACUCAUUCCUGUUGUGCAGUGUUCACACACUUAAGUUGGUGCAUUUCGAUUUACACAUCUGUAUUUUAUGUAUGCGGUUGUGGUGUUAAGCUUCAAGCUGGUUCAAAAUGGUCUUAGUUUGGGCUAAUGGUUGCGUAGAAAGAGUUUGCAGCAAGUGUUUAGAGUUGAAGCAAGAAGCAACAGUUUCUUUCCUAUCAGUUUGUUUUUGAUCAAAAUUUUUAUAUGUAACUACCUUCCAAAUGAAUUUAGUUCCAGCUCUACUUCAUGAAUUAUCAGCACCAUGGUAAACAUCGCGAAUUUAUGUUUUGCUA